CAAGCCAUACCAGACGACUGGUUCGGCUUGGUUCAAGGCUUGGUGGUGAAACUGGUAAUUUGGCUCAGUAUUCUAAUUUUAUAAUCUGUAAUCGAUUUUGUAAUUAAAAACUCUACUUUUCAAACUCGGUCUAGUGACUCUGAACGCAAAUGACACUUUUAUGAGCGUAUUUUUUUGUACUUUGUUAUGGUCUACGUGCGACAUUCAGGUCAUUCAGAAACCAAAAAUAAGGAGAAGUGGGGAUGUCCGAUAAAGAAAAACAGCAAAGGAAAGAGAAGAGGGUAGUCAAGGUGCCUUCUAACGGGAGAGGCAAAGACACAACUGGCAGGACUAAGGACUCUAUAAGCACUGUGUCAUACAUUGAUGAACUGGGCCACCAUGAUGACAACGCUCGCCUUGCUCCAACAAUGGAGAACACCUACCAGAUGGGACCUUACAAACGCUUCCCUGCCAACGCUGCCACAGACAUACUUAAAGACGUCCUUACCAGUUACCUCCAAGAGGAGAAAUAUGAAGUAGAGUGGUCUCAAAAAAUGACCAAAACAUUGUGUGAGGUAAUACGAGCCCGCGUGAAGGAACUAAUGAUCCCCAGAUACAAAAUUGUCAUCCUGGUCCACAUCGGCCAGCUCACCGGGCAAAGCAUGCAGAUCAGCAGCCGCUGUCUUUGGGACGCGUCUAAUGACACUUUCGCCUCGUACUCCUUCAAGAACAGUUCUCUGUUUGGCAUGGCGACUGUUUACGCUGUUUACUUUGAGUGAAUUCUCUCUUUCUGUGUUCUGUUUUUGAGUAGUUGUAAAGAAACUUAAAACAAAUCUUAACCAAACCUCACAGUG